AUGCCACGGGCCAAGAUUUGUUCAGCCUGCCAGCUCCUUCCUCUACCCCUCCCUUCCUCUACCCCUCCCUUCCUCUACCCCUCCCUUCCUCUACCCCUCCCUUCCUCUACCCCUCCCUUCCUCUACCCCUCCCUUCCUCUACCCCUCCCUUCCUCUACCCCUCCCUUCCUCUACCCCUCCCUUCCUCUACCCCUCCCUUCCUUUACCCCUCCCUUCCUCUACCCCUCCCUUCCUCUACCCCUCCCUUCCUCUACCCCUCCCUUCCUCUACCCCUCCCUUCCUCUACCCCUCCCUUCCUCUACCCCUCCCUUCCUCUACCCCUCCCUUCCUCUACCCCUCCCUUCCUCUACCCCUCCCUUCCUCUGCGCCUCCCUUCCUCUGCGCCUCCCUUCCCCUCUAUCCUUUCCCUCCCCUCAUCCUCCCCCAGCUUCUCCCUCCCACACUAUCAUCUGCACAACCAUGCCAUGGGUGAUUUGUUUGACCUGUCAGAUUCACUUAUGCAAUUUGUGA